UUUUAACACACCUCAAGUUAUGUCCAUGUUUAUUCGUUUUCCAAAUACUCCUGCACAGUGGGAGGAAACAAUUGCAAGGUAAUUGACUAUUUCAGUAUAAUUUGUUGGAUUGAGAUGUCCUUGUAUGACAAAAUAUUGUACUACAGGAAUGGGUUACUUGGACUACCAAGAGUGCUUGGCCUGGUAGAUGGCACUCUUGUCAAAAUAUUUCCCCCAAAGUUGGCAGAGUUCAGAGAAGGGUACUAUUGUCGAAAGGGGUACACAGCUCUCAACGUCCAAGUGGUAAGUUAAAGUCCAUGCCUCUGCUGUGUGUUUCAGUAUGUUGAACAAACUAGAAUUGUGGUGAUAUUUGUCCACAGGUGUGUGAUACCAACUUGUAUAUUAUGAGUAUUGAUGCACGUUACCCAGGAAGCUGCAAUGAUAAAUUCAUUUUUAAGAAGAGUGGGUUACGCGACAUAAUGAAAGAGGCAUAUUGGAAUAACCACUGUUGGCUACUUGGAUAUUCGGGAUAUACAUAUGAGCCAUGGAUGCAGCUCCCUCUACCUCAUGCAACUCCAGAAACACCUGAAGGAAGGUACACAAAGCUGCAUUGCAGAGCACGCAGCAAAGUUGAGCGCUGUAUUGGCUUGCUAAAAGCUAGGUGGAGAUGUCUUUUAAAUGACCGGACCCUUCACUACAGCCCAGUUAAAGCAGGUGGCAUUGUGAACGCUUGUGCUGUCCUCCACAAUUUUGUGCGACAGCAUAAUGUCCUGGAUCCUCAGCCUAUUGUGUUACCAGAUCCAGAAGAUGUUUUUGAGGAUGUGGAUAUUCCCGAAGUACCUCAACCCCAGCUCAGGAUCCUUGCCCAGCAAGAAUUGCAAGAAUUAAUCCAGUUCGUAAACCAGUAAUUUGUAAUACAUCCUCAAUGUCUUCAAUAAUUAAAAUAAAUAUGUAAUUUGUGUAUGAAAUUUAUUUUCUUAUCAGGCACACCAGUACCCCUAUCACCAAAAUAACAAAACAUAAAAAAAAAAAAUACUGGCCCUUUGAAAAAAGACUGAAUUAAAUAACAAGGUGUGACUAGACUUUUCAUACAAAUAGAUUACAAACAACUAUGGUUUCGGCAUCAUCUAGUAAGUGUUGGGGAUUGCCUUCCCUUCCUCAUCAUUCAUGCUAACAAGAUAAUACUGUUCGGCAUCAGUGGUUCCCUGCUAGAGCCCUGCAACGAGCGAGCAGUGAGAGCAACGCGCUGCGAGCCGGGGCUGUGAGCAAAGUUGCUCAUAGGGCCAUGCACCGUGAGCAAAGCCUGGUCGGCGCGGCGGGACCGCUAUCAGUAUUGUUGCGAGGAGGAGCUACUCUUGCUCAUGAGCUAUUGGCGAGCAAAGCUGCUCGCCUACUCUGGCGCUGCUCGCCUACUCUGGCGCUGCUCGCGUCCGAAGCAGCGUCCGAGUCCGGAGCCGAGACUGACUGUGUGUGGUUGGUUGCCUGGCUCUCCGGCGGCCGGGAUCCGGGUGGGCCGGGCCGGGCGGGCGGCGGCGGGCCAGCCAGGCCAGGCCGGGCCCGGGCAGAAAAGGGGGAAUUCCGAACUCGCGAUGUGCCCCACCGCGCGACGUGGCCACGGCGUAGGGUGGGUGGCGAUUCGGAACUAUAGCAAGCAGUAGUGCCCUGCCAAGAACAAGCUUCCUAUAUUUACCGAUCGUACAAGAGAAAUGGCGAGUGAAAUGUGAGAGGGGGAGGGGAAGGGACGCGUGCAGUGCGAGCAGAAGCGAUGCGGCGAGCUGUCAUCGGACGUCGCACACAGAGCGCUGUCUCAGUUAUCGGCACCCAAGCAGCCGCCCACAGCAGUCCAGUCAGUCCCGGUGCAGCGCAGUAGUUUGGCUCAGUGUGGAUUGAAGUGCGUCCAGCGUGCAUCAGCUUCUUCGCUCACAGAACGACUGUACCUAUUGUUGUGGUUCGUGUUCACCCUGUUCCUUGUGUCACUUAUCCCUACCUUGCGCCGGCGCCUUGCCUCGGUUUAUUAAUUUGAGCUCGUUCGGGAUAUUUGUCGAUUCUGUUUUGAAUAGUUGUGGUUGAGCUAUGAGUGACGGUGGGACUAGCGGUGGAAGUUACGACGUGAGCCAAGGCAGCAUGGGGCCGCCAGAGCAGCUAGGAGUUGUGACUGUGACCGUGCCAGAGGUGACGGGCACGACCGCCUCCACCUCUAUUGAAUCCACGCCAACGCCAACUAAGAAACGUGGCACGCAAGGUGUUGUAGGAGGAGCGGCGACCGCAACAACAACAACAACAAGCAAAGGUACGGUGCGGUGUCACGGUCUCAUGGUGAAGUCGAGUAUUUCAAGGGAUUGCCGAUCGUAGGGAAGUAGAAGAAAACCGG